AUGGUAAAUCACCGUAUACCAUCGGUUUUCUCAAAAACCUAUGUUACGCCUAGACGUCCUUAUGAAAAGCCUCGUCUUGAUGCUGAAUUGAAGAUUAUUGGACAAUUCGGUCUUAGAAACAAGCGUGAAGUAUGGAGAGUUAAGUACACAUUAGCUAAAAUCCGUAAAGCCGCUCGUGAACUUCUCACAUUAGAAGAAAAGGAUGAGAAGAGAUUGUUCCAAGGUAAUGCACUUCUUCGUCGUCUUGUACGUAUUGGAGUUUUGGAUGAAUCCAGAAUGAAGCUCGAUUACGUUUUGGGUUUGAAAAUUGAAGAUUUCUUGGAACGUCGCUUACAGACACAAGUCUUCAAGUUAGGUCUUGCUAAGAGCUACCAUCACGCUAGAGUUUUGAUCCGUCAACGACACAUCCGUGUUCGUAAGCAAGUCGUCAAUAUCCCAUCAUUCGUUGUGCGCUUAGACUCGCAAAAACACAUUGAUUUCUCAUUGAAGUCACCGUUUGGAGGUGGACGUCCAGGUCGUGUAAAGCGAAAGAACAUGAAAAAGGGUCAAGGUGGAGCCGCUGGAGCUGAUGAAGAAGAUGAAGAUUAA